AUGAAGAAGAAAUUUUUGGAGAAGUACUUUCCAGCUUCCAGAGCUGCGAUCCUGAGGAAGGAGAUAUGUGGCAUCAAGCAACAAUCAGGUGAAACGCUUCAUGAAUAUUGGGAGCGAUUCAAUAAGCUUAUCAUUAAAUGUCCACAACAUCAAAUUCCCCCUCAAUUAUUGAUUCAAUACUUUUAUGAUGGUUUGUCGUUGAUGGACAGGAACAUUAUCGAUGCUGCAAGUGGUGGAGCUUUAGUGAAUAAGACGCCGGCACAAGCUUUGGAUCUUAUUGCGAGGAUGGCUGAAAAUACGCAGCAAUUUGGUUCAAGAGAUGUUGGACAGAUGAGCGGAAACAACAGAGACCAUGCUAUCCAAUCGAUGCAACAACAACUUUCUGAGUUGACGAGCUUUGUUCGCAAGAUGGUCGUGGAAAAAUCCAACCCGAGUGUCCAAGUCAAGGUGUGUGGAAUAUGCACGAGUGCAGGACACCCUACAGAUGCUUGUCCGACCCUCCAAGAAGAAUGUGCAGUGGAUGUGAACACUGCAAACUACGGUAUGAAUAGACCUUCAGCGUACAAUCCAUACUCCAACACCUACAAUCCAGGCUGGAGAGAUCAUCCGAACUUGCGUUAUGGAAACGCACAGCAGGGUAAUGCUCAUCAACCAUUUGGAGCUAUGCAUCAGAUGCAACAACCUCGUUUCUAUGAAAAACAGCCGCCUCAAACACCCACAAGCAACUCCAGUCCAUCUUUGGAAGACUUGGUGAAGUCUAUGGCUACCAGUACCCUGCAAUUCCAGCAAGAGAUGAAGUCAACUGUCGACAAAUUACAAGGUCAGAUCAAUCAAGUGUCAGAGGAGGUGAAACAACUACGUGAAAGAGGAAAGUGGCCUGCUCAGCCUGAGCCAAAUCCAGAAAAGGUCAGCGCUAUCACUAUCUGCAGUGAUACGAUGAUUGAAUGUUCCUCCCGGCCUAAUCCAAGGAAUACGAGUGCUAUAACUCUUCGUAGCGGAAAGGAAUUGGAAGGUCCACUUCCUAUCUCAAAGGAACAAAAUGAGGAUCAGAUUGAGAUGGAGAUCGACAAAGAAGCUGAACUUCACGAAAAGGUACUUCCUGACUCUGUUCCUCCUACUGAAACUAAAUCAGCUCCUUUUUCCUGA